GCGCAUGCGAUUCAAAGAUGGCGGGAAAAUUACACUGCUUCCUGAAAAUAACAGCCACGUGAAGCGUACACUAUGCAUGCGUUUUUGAAGGGUGGUGGAUCAAAGUUAAAGGAAAAAGUUGACAAAGAAGGCAAGUCUGGUCCUAGUGGCAGUGGAGGGAGCAAAAGGCAAAUCACACCAUGGGUUGAGAAAUAUCGGCCUAAGUCAGUUGAUGAAGUUGCAUUUCAAGAUGAAGUUGUAGCAGUCCUAAAGAAAUCCAUUGAAGGAAGUGAUCUUCCAAAUCUUCUGUUUUAUGGCCCACCUGGUACUGGCAAGACAUCAACAAUACUGGCUGUUGCACGUGAGCUUUUCGGAAAUGAAAUGUUCCGGACCAGAGUGUUAGAACUAAAUGCCUCUGAUGAGAGAGGUAUCAAUGUUGUCAGAGAAAAAGUCAAACGCUUUGCUCAGCUAUCUGCAUCUGCAACAAGAUCAGAUGGUAAGCCAUGUCCGCCAUAUAAAAUUAUUAUAUUAGAUGAAGCAGAUUCAAUGACAGGUGCUGCUCAGGCUGCCCUGAGAAGAACAAUGGAGAAGGAAACAAAAACUACAAGGUUCUGUUUGAUUUGUAACUAUGUCAGCAGAAUAAUUGGACCUCUUACAUCGCGAUGUGCUAAAUUCCGAUUCAAACCACUAGCCACCUCCAUACUUUUAACAAGAUUGAAAGGAAUUUGUGAACAAGAAAAUGUCAACUGCAGUGAAGAGAUUCAUGACAUUAUUGUACAAAAAGCUGAUAUUUCUGGGAAACAAAAAUCGAUUAUCUGUGAGCGUCUCGGAAUGGUUGAUAAGCGGUUAUCAGAUGGAGCCGAUGAGUACCUACAAAUGAUGGAUCUGUGUACAGUCAUCAUGCAACAGUUUUGUCACGGAGAAUAAAACAAAUUGGUACCAGGGAGUUGACAGUACAAAACAUUUAUACAUGUUCUGAUACUGUUAACCAUACAGUCAUCUGUGAACAUUAAAUGCAAUGUUUUCGUUUGUUAUUAUCACGCAAAUAGUCUACUGUAAAUACUUGAGGAAUCUAUUCAUUUUAUGGUCUGUAACCCCGGGAUAUUGUGUAUUGUCUGUGAAAUGCAUCAUGAGUAAACUUAAUAAAUUCCUAUAGGCCCCCCCGGCCAAAUUGGUAUUGUAACAGCUUAUGCAGUAUUGUGCAGACUCUUUGGAGAGAUAAGUGUAUCAACAAGUCAGAUAUUUAUUACAACAUAUUUGCAGAUCAGUUGAUUAUUGAGCUGUUUCAGUGAGGUUUCUGGGCUGGACCAGUUCUUAAUGUAAGCCAGAGUCAACAGAACAUGUGGCAUUUCAAAAAAUCUUGUACAACUAUUCUUAUACACUAAACCAAUAAAUAAUUAUAUA